AUGGGAUUGAUUUCGAGAAUAGUGUUGCCUGCAUGUGGGAGUUUGUGUUUAUGUUGUCCUUCAUUUCGUGUAAGAUCAAGACAUCCCAUUAAACGAUACAAGAAAUUGCUUUCUGAUAUUUUUUCUUGCUCUCAGAAUGGAGAACCUGACAAACGAAAGAUCAGUAAGUUAUGCGAAUACGCCGUCAGAAAUCCUCUUCGCCUACCAAAGAUCACAAGUUAUCUUGAGCAAAGAUGCUACAAGGAUUUGCGAAGUGAGCAGUUUCAAUCUGUUAAAAUUGUCAUGUUGAUCUACAGGAAUUUGUUGAUUCAUUGUCAAGAAAAAAUGUCAAUGUUUUCGGGUAGCUUGCUGAGCAUCAUAAACAUUCUACUAGAUCAAACACGGCAUGAUGAAAUACGUGUGCUAGGAUGCGUAACUCUUGCUGAAUUUGUGUCUAAUCAGACUGAUGAUACUUAUAUCCUCAACUUAGAUGGUAUAAUUCCAAAACUAUGUCUUUUAGCUCUAGAAAUUGGGGAGGAUGGAAAGGGACAACAUUUAUGCUCUGCCGGGCUUCAAGUCCUUUCAACAAUGAUUGGAUAUAUGGGUGAAUUCUCUCGCAUUCCGGCCGAUUUUGACGAUGUUGUUUCAGUUGUCUUGGAAAACUAUGGAAGUUUUGAUAAAACAGAUUCUCCUUCACCAAAUGCCACAACUAUGAGUUCUUCUCAGAGGAGGGACAUGAGUGAGAAAGGCGAAGUCAUCAUGGAGGACAGCAAGGACCCCAGAUUUUUGUCAAGAGCUUGCCUGAAGAAUAUGGCAAAGUUAGCCAAGGGAGCGACAACUGUGCGACCUGUCUUUGAAUCUUUGUUUCGGUAUUUUGAUAAUGGUGACCAUUGGUCCCUUCAACAUGGUCUCGCACUUCCUGUCUUGCUGGAGAUGCAGUUACUAAUAGAGAAAUAUGAGCAAAAUCCACAUUUUUUGGUGUCCAUCUUAAUCAAGCACCUUGAUCACAAGAAUAUUCUUAAGAACCCCCAAAUGCAGCUAGAAAUUGUUAAUGUUGCCAGCUCCCUUGUUCGGCGAACAAGGAUUGAGCCAUCAGGGCCUAUAGCUAAUGCAUUUAGUGAUAUGAUGAGACACCUGCGAAAAAGCAUACACUGUUGUCUUGAUGAUUCGAAGCUGGGCGCUGAAGUAAUUCAGUGGAAUCGAAAUUUCAGAGCAGCAGUUGAAGAGUGCCUUGUGCAAUUAUCACAAAAGAUUGGAGAUGCAGGUCGUAUCCUUGACCUGAUGGCUACUAUGCUGGAGAAUAUAUCAACUGUCAAAGUUAUGUCCAAAACCUUGAUUGCAGCUGUGUUCCGAACCGGGCAGAUUGUCUCGUGUAUACCACAUUUGUCGUAUAAAGACAAGGCUUUUCCUGAGGCAUUGCUUCAUCAAUUACUCCUAGCAAUGGUCAGUGCAGACCAUGAAACCAGAAUUGGGGCACACAGUAUAUUUUCUGUUGUUCUUAUCCCAUCAUCCAUUUCCCCUAGUCCUAGUGCCACUUCAAGAAAGGCUGCUGAUGUUCGAAGGACACCCUUGAGAACUGUAUCCGUGUUUUCUUCUUCAGCUAUACUCUUUGAGAAGUUGACAGAGGAGCAUUUCUCCCUUGAGAAUGACAAUAGUGAAGAUGCAAAGGCCAAAUAUCAGUCCAUACUAAAUAAAUUGAAGUCAACUAAAAGCCGAGUUUACAGUAUUAAAAGAAAUCCAUCAGCUGUAGCUGCAAAUGGAACUAUAGAAUUUGAUGGUGCAAACAUGAAAAUUCAUUCCAUUCACAGACUGACGUCAACUCGCAAUCAAUCAUAUAGCCCCAAACGGCAUCCAUCACCUGCAACACAAGUUGAACAAAAUGCAAGUAGUUUAGCACAAGAAUCAAUAUCACCCCUCUGGUUGAGCAGUCAGCAGAUUGACCUCCUACUCUCAUCAAUUUGGGCACAAUCCAUCUCUCCUUUGAAUAUGCCUGAAAACUAUGUAGCAAUUGCGCAUACUUACAGCUUGGUAUUGCUGCUUGCACGAAGCAAGAACUCUCGUCAUGAUAUUCUGAUUCAAAGUUAUCAGUUGGCAUUAUCCUUAUGGAGCUUUUCACUUGCAGAAGAAGGGCCACUGCAGCCAUCACGACGUAGAUCCCUCUUUACUCUGGCCAUGUGUAUGAUUAUUUUCGCCUCGAAAUCAUACAACAUCAGUCCUCUUGUAUUUUGUGCGAAAACUGCACUUUCAUAUAAAACGGUUGAUCCAUUUUUACAGCUAGUUGGUGAUUGCAAGUUACAGGCUGUUAAUGCCAGCGUAGACCGUCCAAGCAAAGUUUACGGUUCAGAAGAAGAUAAUGAAGAUGCUCUUAAGUCCCUUUCAGCAAUUGAAAAUGUAACAAUAGAGAAUCUAUCUGAAGAAUUUUUCACAAGUCUGAUAGCUGAGUCCAUUGCCAGAUUGUCAAAGCAAGAUUCAUCGAGUAUAAGAGAGAAAUUGGCUCAUAAUUUUAUUCCUAAUGACGCGUGCCCAUUGGGAGCUCAGUUAUUCAUGGAAUCACUAGGACAGGCUGAGCCUCCACUCGCACCAGAUAAUGAUGUUGUCCCCAGUACAUUCGAAACUCAACCAGAUUCUGAUACACCGUUAGCUCAGGAAACAAGUCUCCAAGGUGUUGAUAAACUUUUAAAUGGUGUUUCAGAGGCGACAUCUCAAGAGGGAUGCUUAGACUCAAACUCAACCAACACACCUUACAAUGAAAUAGCAGAAAAGCAGCGGAAGGGGUCAAAUUUCAUGAGUUUCAAUCAGAAUCAAAAUGCUUCAGUUAGCAUUUCUUCCCCUGAGAACAAGGCAGAGGACACGCAGUCGUCCUCCAGUGUCGAGAGAAUCUGUUUCAAGGGUGGAAAUCCAUUCCUUGAGGAAAACAUCAAUGCAAGUUCGGAAAAUCAAUCUGCUACUUCUCUUCCAAUGCCUUGUGCAAUUGAGUACCAGCAGGAACCUCAAUACUUCCAGUUACCACCAUCGAAUCCGUUCGAUAAUUUCCUAAAGGCUGCCGGUUGUUGA